UCCCCCUGGGCUGCGCGCAAGGGGCGAGCAGCCGCCGCGAUGUUCAGCUGGCUGGGUACCGACGACCGCCGGAGGAAGGACCCCGAGGUCUUCCAGACGGUGAGCGAGGGGCUCAAGAAACUCUACAAGAGCAAGCUGCUGCCCCUGGAAGAGCAUUACCGCUUCCACGAGUUUCACUCGCCCGCCCUGGAGGAUGCCGAUUUUGACAACAAGCCCAUGGUCUUACUGGUGGGCCAGUACUCCACUGGGAAGACCACUUUCAUCAGGUACCUUCUGGAACAGGAUUUUCCAGGCAUGAGGAUUGGGCCCGAGCCGACCACCGACUCCUUCAUUGCAGUGAUGCAGGGUGAGGUGGAGGGGGUCAUCCCUGGGAACGCUCUGGUGGUGGAUCCUAAGAAACCCUUCCGGAAACUCAACGCCUUUGGCAAUGCCUUCUUGAACAGGUUCGUGUGCGCCCAGCUGCCCAACCCCGUGCUGGAGAGCAUCAGCAUCAUCGACACGCCGGGCAUCCUCUCUGGGGAGAAGCAGAGGAUCAGCCGAGGGUAUGACUUUGCUGCCGUCCUCGAGUGGUUCGCCGAGCGGGUUGACCGCAUCAUCCUGCUCUUUGACGCCCACAAGCUGGACAUCUCUGAUGAGUUCUCAGAAGUCAUCAAGGCCCUCAAGAACCACGAGGACAAGAUGCGGGUGGUGCUGAACAAAGCCGACCAGAUCGAGACCCAGCAGCUGAUGCGGGUGUACGGGGCUCUCAUGUGGUCCCUGGGGAAGAUAGUGAACACCCCGGAGGUGAUCCGGGUCUACAUCGGCUCCUUCUGGUCCCACCCGCUUCUCAUCCCUGACAACCGGAAGCUCUUUGAGGCCGAGGAGCAGGACCUGUUCAAGGACAUUCAGAGUCUGCCCCGAAACGCUGCCCUGCGCAAGCUCAAUGACCUCAUCAAGAGAGCCAGGCUGGCCAAGGUCCAUGCCUACAUCAUCAGCUCUCUGAAGAAGGAGAUGCCCACCGUGUUCGGGAAGGACAACAAGAAGAAGGAGCUGGUGAACAACCUGGCCGAGAUUUACGGCCGGAUCGAGAGGGAGCACCAGAUCUCGCCUGGGGACUUUCCCAACCUGAAGAGGAUGCAGGACCAGCUCCAGGCCCAGGACUUUAGCAAAUUCCAGCCCCUGAAAAGCAAGCUGCUGGAGGUGGUGGAUGACAUGCUGGCCCAUGACAUUGCCCAGCUCAUGGUGUUGGUGCGCCAGGAGGAGUCGCAGCGGCCCGCCCCGAUAGUGAAGGGUGGCGCGUUCGAGGGCACCCUGCAUGGCCCCUUCGGGCACGGCUACGGGGAGGGGGCUGGAGAGGGCAUCGGUGAUGCUGAGUGGAUCGUGAUCAGGGACAAGCCCAUGUACGACGAGAUCUUCUAUACCCUGUCACCGGUCGACGGCAAGAUCACAGGUGCCAAUGCCAAAAAGGAGAUGUUGCGCUCCAAGCUGCCCAACAGCGUGCUGGGCAAGAUCUGGAAGCUGGCGGACAUCGACAAGGAUGGCAUGCUGGAUGACGAGGAGUUCGCACUGGCCAACCACCUCAUCAAGGUCAAGCUGGAGGGACAUGAGCUGCCCAACGAGCUCCCCGCCCACCUCCUGCCACCAUCCAAGAGGAAAGUUGCCGAGUGAUGGGAGGAGGAGGUUCAGAGCAGGCAGGUGUUACAGGAGCUAGGAGAGGCGGACACACACACUCACGGGCAUAGAUUUAGAGAACCGCGCAGCAGGUGAGAGGGACCAGCCAUCCCCAGGUUUCCAGGCUGGACACAAGUUCCCAGCAUCAGCAGAAGCACAGGGUCCCAGCUCCCAAGCCUCCGUCUCCAUUCCUCUCUCCUCCUGCAGAGGCAGGUAGUUCCCCGCCCACACGGCCCGCCCACCUCCACAUUCCCUGGACUCAGGACAGAUGGAAAUACUUUUCACUUACUAGACAAUUCACUUUGUUUUCUGAGCUUUCUCCCUGUCUUUGGUUUCCUACUAUGAAAUCUGCUCCGAGGCCGGGAGGUGUGUGGGAAGGGGCUGCUGCAAGGAGGGGGCGGGGAGGAGAGACAUCCCCGGGAAUCAGGGCCCGGCCUUGAACGCAGGUCCCCGCCUUGAAGAGACAUGGCCCUGAACUCCCUUCUUUCGGCCUCAGGCUCCAUCUGCCUCGGCAAGUCUGGCUUUGAAACACACACAGCCCCCUCCCCCCGACACUUUAUUUCAAAGAAUCCCAGGGAGAGGGAAGAGUUGGAAAGCUGGCAGGAAAGAAAGCAGGAGAGCUGCCUUGUCGUCCUCUCCUCAAAGCCAGUUGGAGGUGGCUUCAUUCCGCAGAUUUUGUGAGGUUCCUAUUGUUUCCACCUGACCUCUGACGUGUGGAUGCCCAGACCACGGUUACCCUGCCCCUCCUGUAUGCCAGGACCUGGGCUCCGCACUUCACAGGCAUCAGCCCGUGGGCCCCUCAUCACUCCCCAAGGGAGUGUGCAUUGGUGUCCCCAUUUUUCAGACGAGGAGUCUGAGACUCAGAGUUUAAGGGACUUCCAAAGUCCCAGAGGUCACACACGAUGGAGAAGGAUUCAGAGCCAGGGCCUCGCUCUUCCUUCUGCCUCAAAGAUCUCAGCAUCGCUAGCCCACGACCAGCCACAGAGCGCGAGCUCAGCUAGCAGGCCCCUCCACGUCCCAGAGCCAGCUGGUGAGCGGGAAGGGCCAGCAGCCCUUGGUGGGCCAUCAGUCUGGCCAUCUGUCUCAUCGCAGAAGCAAACCGUGCCUUCUGGCUCUGCGCCCCAUGUUCCUAACAUUGCCGCAGACCCACAGCAUCAGCGGGAGUGUGGGCCUGCCUGCUGGAUGCUGCUGCUGCCUGUCCCUGCUCCACCUCCCACCAGAGCUGAGUCAUCCCAGUGCAAAUACAGUCACAGACUCUGUGAUGUGGGACCUCAUGCUGACUCUCAGAAGGACAGCUCAGAGGUCUGAGGUGUCCCUGGCAGGACCGCCAGCAACUGCAGUGUCCUCGACACAUCCCCACCGUUCUCCACGCCCUGCUCCCGCCUCCAUGGUCUCGCCCCUGAUUUGCUUCACGGCCACUGAACCAGUCACUUUGUAUGCUAUGCUCCUACUGUGAUGGAAAACAAAAGCGAGUAUAACUUAUUUUAUAUCUAUGUUCAGACUAUAGAGAGAAUAUUCUAUGUAUCUAUGAUGUGCCCACUACUGUAGUGCAUUUGUCAUUAGUGUUCAUGUUAAUACAGCACAUGUAUCCUUUGGUA